AGUGGUAAAAAUGCAGUUCAAAUAUGAAAGCAUUGGUUUGUUUCUCAUCGUGCUAAUUCCUUUGGUUUGGUCACAGGCUGCAAGUGAAGUCUGCGAGUGUGAAAACGGAAAAUGUGUUAAGGAUUCAAUGGGAGAAGAAGUCUGUGUAUGUCCACCUGAAUUUAGCCAAUACACACCGACGAGAUGCGAAGCUUGCAACUGUGGUCCAGGAUCCAACUGCACCUUUAACAAUUUUUGGGGAUUCAAGACAUGCAUUUGCAAAAAGGGGUACAAAGAAGAGAAAAAGACUUGCAUUGGACCUUGCUCACCAAAUCCAUGUAAUAAUGGUGGAACCUGCUUGGAUGUUCGAAGGUCUUACAGAUGUGUGUGUCCAUACGGCUAUAAAGGUCGCAAGUGUGAGAUAGAGACCAAUGAAGACUCUUGUGAUGUCAACCCUUGUUUGAAUGACGGAAUUUGUGUGAGAAAUGGUAGUGGUUUCACUUGUUUAUGCAAAUCUCCAUUCGGAGGAAUGAUAUGUGAAAUAAGUCCUUGUAGUUCUGACCCCUGUCAAAAUGAAGGGACUUGUACAGCCGUUGGCGAAAAUUAUGAAUGCACAUGCGUGCCUCCUUACAAUGGAACAAACUGCGAGAUAG